AUGUCAACAAACGCUGCUACUGCAAAACACAAGCAUCGCAAGGAGAAGACCAGCGCGGAGUUUAAGACAGAAGCCGUUAUAGAGGGUCGAGUGCCCAUCAAACCACAGGAUGAGGUGGAUAUUCAGGGUGCUCGAGAAGUUCUCGAAAUGCGCUCACAUCGAAAUCUCGGAAAGGCCCACAAAGUCAAGGUCAUCGGCACCGACACUCGACUUAUAAUCAAACGUAAAUCGGUUGUUGGAUCGGCGCCACGCGAAUUAUCGCUGCUAUGCAAUGAGAUCUUCCGUUUCUUCAUUUUUGCUCGAGAUCCCAAAUUAGUGAUUCUUGUGGUGCCUGAUAAAUCGGAGGGAAAUCGCGCCUACCUAUUGUUAAAGAUGAAGAGCGAAUCAGACGCAAAUCGUGUUUGCAAUGUCAUCCAGAGUGGACGUAAAAAGUUAAGCUCUCAGGCCCCAUUGCCCUCACAAUCAGAAGUCACAUCGCCUGGUCAAUCACGAGCCUCUAAAGGUGCAAUCUCUGAAGAACCCGAAGUGGAAAUGCAGGAAAAUGGUAAAGAUGUGGACAAGCCACCCACCUAUGAUGUGGAAGAAGAAAGUGACCAUUCCGAAAACGAGGAGCCGAACACGGCUUCAGAAAGCACGGCAAAAGAAAGUACCCAUGCUGCAAAACCAGACGUCUCGCCACGUGCUAUAUCGCCCAGGAAAGCCCCCGAGAUCGAAUCUAAACCAGAAGUGAAUAAAAUCGACACCGUAACCACACCAGAGGUGCAAUCCGCAUUCCCGGCCAUGUUGAACGAGGACAAAUCCGAGACUGAAAAGGAGGAUGACGAGGAGAAUACUUCACCACGCACUCUUCCACGCACACCACUGCACAGUGCAUCGCCUUCCACAAAAGUUAGUAAGAAGAAACAGCAUCAUCGAAGACAGCCACCGCUCAUCGAGGAGAUGUACGUGGAAGCCCCGAAAAACUGGAAGGUUGCCCAACCCAUAUACGCUAGACGGGAGGAGGAAUUACGCGAAGCCCUACUAGUUGACAUGUACGAUGAUGACUGGGCUGUCGAUGUAAAGAUAAUCAAGACGGAUGGUGGCUUUGGAAGUCGACUAUCGGAAUCUGGAAAUGUCUACAUGUUCACUGCACAUCAUUUAGUCCCAGAAAACUACAGCUACUUCGAGUGCAGUUCCAGCAGUGAUGAAGAGGUGGAAUUAAAGGAGAAACCUAUGGGAAGGGGCGUCAACAGACCUGCGAACAAUGGAGUAGGAAGACGCGUCUCCUCGAGCAGUGAAAGUGAUAGAAGAAACAGCUACGCAAGCAUGAGUCGAGCGUAG